UGACUCCCCCAGAAUGGCUUAUUCUGAGGAGCAAGGAGGUAUCCCGUGUGGUUUCAUCCGCCAGAAUUCCGGCAACUCCAUUUCCUUGGACUUUGAGCCCAACACGGAGUUCCAGUUUGUGGAGCAGUUAGAGGAGCGCUACAAAUGUGCCUUCUGCCGCUCCGUGCUGCACAACCCCCACCAGACAGGCUGUGGGCACCGCUUCUGCCAGCACUGCAUCGUGUCCCUGAGAGAAUUAAAUGCAGUCCCACUCUGUCCUGUAGAUAAGGAGGUUAUCAGAUCUCAGGAGGUGUUCAAAGACAAUUGCUGCAAAAGGGAAGUCCUCAAUUUGUAUGUGUAUUGCAAAAAUGCUCCUGGAUGUAAUGCCAAGAUUAUUCUGGGACGAUACCAG